AUGCCACCCAGAUCCUCUCUCACUUCUUCUUUUUCUAUCACCGACUCGAACAACGAAGUCGUCUGCCCCUUGAAGAAUCAAGAUGGCUCAAGUUGUCGCAAGCGAUGCAUUGGCGAAAAGAGAUAUCGCUCCAUGCAGGAGCAUAUCCGUCGCGCGCAUCCCGAACAUUACAUCUCAAAGCUUCCGGCUACCGAAGAAAGCUUUCUGCUCAUGAUCAACACACCACCGAGCGAACGCCUGCCGAGUCAACAGAAUGCGGGGCCCGCUCAUCGCGGCAUGUCCGGCAGUAGUCCCGGAAACUUCAAUCCCGGCUUGAAUGGCCCGCCAAUCCACAACUCCAUGGGCCAUGGGACCAUCCACCAGAACCAGAACAAACCGUACCUGCACGACAUCAAGCAUGGCGCCCCGGGCAUCCCAAGAAGUACCGACGAAUUCGUUGCCGGGUCUGCGCUGCCGGCCGCAAGUGCGGCCGCAGCUCUCGCGCAACUUCACAACCACAAACUUGAUCGCGAUUGGGACGAAGGGGGGUGGACGUCCGACACAGAAAAAGGCCGCUUGUCGCACUCGUCUAUCGAGCUUCCCCCGAUACAUAUGGCCAACCCUGACAUCACCAGCGAGCCCUUUCCCGGUAUGAACAUGAAUCGGCAGCGUGAGCUUCUGCCCUCCAUUCUGUCCGGUUCGCCGCCCGGUCGCUCGUCGACACUUCCUCCGCUGCAACGUCCCUUGGGACCCUCGCGGCCAAGGAAGCAGUCCAUCACCAAGCGGACGCGCGAGACCCACCAUAAGAAGCAAAGGUCUCGGGGCUCCGCAUCAGACUGGCUGCGUCGUAUUCAGAAUGAGUCGGCCGUCGAUAGGCUACGCCCCGGUGGACCUCUGAAGGCAAUGUCGGCUGAGCCAUCUGAUUUUGGGAAGCGGUGGGAAGACCUGAUCGAUGCUGCGGCUUCCGCAACCGAGGACAUUGACGACGAGCGUACUCCCGUGCCGCAGUCGCCGAUUUCCAUCCACCGCGCCUCCUUGCCGCCUUUCCCACAUCAGGCGUUCCAGCACCACCAGCAGGCCCAGGGUGGCUAUCAAGCAUCACCGCUGCAACAGGCACUGACACCGCCGUCAUACGCGCAAGAGAUGCCCGAGCCAUUCCCCUCUGUUGAGAGCAAUGAAAGUGGCGAUGUUUUCAACAUGGAAUCCCGUGGCCUGUCCGACUCAUCUCCCAGCUACUCUUCGCAGAACCCGCAGAUCUACUGUGCGGCGUGUGGCAACAUCUCCCAGCUCCGGGAAUCGUAUGCGUGUACCGAAUGCAUAUGUGGUCUCUGCCAGGCCUGUGUCGAGGUCUUGAUGGGAGAGCAAGGCGCCAGCAGGAAAUGCCCGCGCUGUCACACAAUCGGCGGCCGCUUCAAACCUUUCCAGCUGGAUAUCCGGUGA